AUGUCCGCGCGCGCGCCCGCGUCCACGACCUCGGGCGCGACGGUGUUUCUGGGCGUGGACGACCUCGGGAGACCCGUCGGCGCGCACGACGAGUUCUGGCGGCGCGUCGCGAGAGGCGCCACGCGCGACGACGGGAAACCGCUGUGGUACGCCCGAGGGAUCGAGUACUGGGACGGGGUCGAUGCGAACGUCGAGGGCGUCCUCGGGGGGUUCGGCGCGGUGUCGCCGUUGGACGCGCGAGAUAAUUCGGUGUUGUUGAGAGACGCGCGCGGGCGACGAGAGGCGGACGGCGGCGGAGCGACGAGAGAGAAGACGCGGGCGUUGGACUGCGGUGCCGGGGUUGGACGGGUGACGGGGACGUUUUUGAUCGAUCAUUUCGAUGAAGUGGACCUGGUGGAGCCGUGUGGACACUUUCUCGACGCGGCGCGCGCGGACCCGGCGGUGACGGGGACGGGACGGACGGACGGACACCGAGCGAGGGAGUUCUUCGAAGAGCCUCUGGAGACGUUCACGCCCGAAGUGGGGGCGUAUGAUGUGAUUUGGAUUCAGUGGUGCAUCGGACAUCUCACCGAUGACGAUCUCGUCGCGUUCCUGAGGCGGUGUAGAGAUGGUUUGCGCGAGGGUGGCUGCAUCGUGAUGAAGGAGAACAACGCGUCGAGCGGGUUCAUUUUAGACUUAGAGGACUCCUCAGUGACGCGCUGUCACGAGUAUCUGCUGCACAUUAUCGAGCGUUCGGGCAUGCGAUGCGUCGAGCAUCGCAAGCAAACUGGAUUUCCGCCCGAGCUGUUCACGGUGCGCAUGUACGUCAUCGAGCCGUGA